UCCCUUCUGUUUACAUGCUCUUUGCUGCUUACGCUCUUCCGACUUACAUUCAUACUGGAUACAUUCAUCCUGUAUUACACACAGCUGUGAAGUAACUUAUCAGAAUCCUAUUGGAACCAAAAAAUGAUAAUGAAAAGUACUGUUGAGGACAUUAGCAGUAAAUAAAGCUCUCUGCUCCUUUGCUUUUGGCUACAAUGGGGACAGCUUUGAUUUAUGAUGAGGAGAUGACCAAAUACAAACUGCUCUGGGUUGACCCAGCCUGUAAGAUCGAGGUCCCAGAGCGGCUCACGGCCAGUUAUGAGGCCUUGGUCAGGAGUGGUCUUUCCGGGCGCUGCGUCUCCGUCCCGGCCCGUCAGGCCUCAGACGCAGAGAUACUGCUCGUCCACAGUGAGGAAUACCUGGAGGCGGUAAAAAAGACUCCGUACAUGACUUUGGAGGACUUGAAGGAGUUCACGCUUCAGUAUGGGGAUGUCUACUUCCACCCGAAUAUCUAUCACUGUGCUAAGCUCGCUGCGGGGUCCGCUCUGCAGCUGGUGGACAGUGUUAUGACAGGGAAGGUCAGGAAUGGCAUAGCUCUGGUCAGACCACCGGGACACCACAGUAUGCGCGGUGCCGCCAACGGUUUCUGUGUGUUCAACAACGUGGCCAUAGCAGCUCGAUAUGCCAAACAGAAAUAUGGAGUCAAAAGGGUCUUAAUAGUGGACUGGGACAUACACCACGGUCAAGGGGUGCAGUAUUGCUUUGAGGAUGACCCGAGUGUUCUUUACUUUUCUUGGCACCGCUACGAGCAUCAGAAAUUCUGGCCCCAUCUCAGAGAGUCAGACUAUGACAGCGUCGGCAAAGGGAGCGGAGCUGGCUUCAACAUAAAUGUGCCUUGGAAUAAGGUGGGGAUGGAAAACAGCGACUAUCUGUCAGUCUUCUGCCAUGUUCUUCUGCCAGCAGCUUAUGAGUUUUGCCCAGACUUGGUCUUGGUGUGCGCAGGCUUUGACUCGGCCAUCGGUGACCCCGAGGGAGAAAUGUGUGCCACUCCAGACAUCUUUGCCCACUUAACUCAUCUCCUGAUGAACCUAGCUGGAGGAAAACUUUGCGCUGCACUGGAGGGAGGAUACAACUUGACUUCUCUCGCACAGUCGGUUUGCCAGACCAUUCAGACUCUGCUGGGAGAUCCUCUGCCUCGGCUCGCCAACCUCAGGAGUCCCUGCAUAAGUGCGCUCGAGUCUCUUCAGUGUGCCCGAUCAGCUCACAGGCAGUACUGGUCCUUCCUGAAGCAUGCAGUCCCUUCUCCAGCCAAUCCACCUUUGCCGGAAAUCAGCACCAAACCCAUGAAACUGGCAAAAGAAGAGGAGGAACCGGCAGAAACGGCAGAGGAAGAAAGCAGCGCGGAGGCCAAAGUUUGGCCGGAGCCUCCGCAGCGUUUCUGUCCUCCUGUUUGUUCCGCGUCGGUGCUUCCUGACGACGUGGCCGGUGCCGACGGACUGAAACGCCUCAGCACCUCCGGAGCUCUCCAACCACGUUUAGUCAACAAACUCAAGAAUCAUUUCACGAAAGCUGCGGAUGACGGGGAUGCUGUAGCAACCAUUUCAAGACUUCACACCCUGAUGGAGAAAAUGCUGACGAAUGAGAUCGGCAAUGGCUUGGCGCUGGUCCCUGAUGUCGCCGCAGCCACGAUGUGCGUCGCCCAGGAUCUGGCCUCCGAUCUCGUCGACCGGGUUUUGGUUGUCUGUGUGGGCAACGCGACGGGGCUGAAUUACGUCACCACAGACGGGAGAACGCUUGUUGUGCAUAUCAGCGGCGAAGACGGCGAGGAACGGAAGAGCAAAUAUUACAUUCCAGUGCGUUUAAAGCAGGGCUGCGGUGACACGUCCGGGUUCCUCCAGGCGGUCCUUGGCCUCCUCCUGCCUCUGGGAUACGAGUACGACCCCGGUCUUGUCCUUUUGGGUCGCAUGCCAGAGAGCGGAGUGGGCGACGGCAUGUGGCAGCAACUGAUCGGCCUGCUGCGGGGCUUUGCAAAAGGACACACCCUGGUUCUGAUGCAGGCGAAUGAAGAGGCGUGCAUGGGCCCUACCGCUUCCGCCCUCCUCGGUCACCCCGCGGCCCCUCUGCAGGAGCUUGGCGCUCCGUUCCCACAGGAUGGAGAUGCUUUGGAGAGGCUGAGAGAGAGGCUGCAGGCCGACUGGAAAAUGCUGCAAACCACAGGGCGAAUGGACUGCAGCGAUCCUUCCAUGUUAGGCACCAUGCCAAACGCUCAAGACUCGUAAUUAAAUGCUAAAUGCACCGACAGAAACUUACCAGCAAUUGCCAAAAGCUGAGGCUGUCGUGCAGAUGUUCGUUUCUGAGGAACCGAUGGAAGAUUUGACAUAUUUGUCAUAUGUUUGCCUUUUUUUUUUAAAAACACUGAACACUGUUCCUUUUGAAAACCUGAGCAUUUAAGCAUGUAUGGUGCUGCCCGAGCUGUUAGUGCUGUCUGAUACUCUGAAUCAUUAACAAUGUUAACACAUGAUUUUCAGAAUUUUAUACUUUUUUAAAUGUGGUGUUUUACUGAUCUAUAAUGUAAAUGCUAAAAGCAGACGACUGAUGAAUUCAGAGAUGAUUUCUGUGUCAUUUCAUAUUGGAAAUGUGACUGAAAUCAAGUCCUUUUUCAUGUAUUUUUACAUGUUGAAGCUGCUCAUCGGCCCCAACCCAAAAGGUUGGAGCCUGUAAUAAAGCAGUGGAUAAUUCUCACCCUUA